UAUUUCGAGCAGCAACUUAAGGAAACAAUCUACACUACCAUUGAUCAGUCAAUCAUAGACGACACUUACAAUAUCGCAUCCUAAAAAUAAUGCUAGCACAACACUCUCAUUCUUCUCCGACAACUUCCAUGAUGAGCUCACUGUUGCUGACAGAGUUCUUCCUUACCUGCGAAGUAUCAACAGCUACAGCAUCUGAGUCUACGUCGACAAUGCCGAUUCAUGCGCAGUAUGGUCUGCGUCAUCAGCCUUGGACAUCAGCCGUGGACUCAUCAUCUACAUCUUUUUCGUGGUCAGAUUUUCCCCUCAUUGUUCACGACGAAGAAUACAACAGCGACGUCAAUGGGCUUUUUCAUGCUUCGAAAACGGUAACACCUAUGGAUUGUCCCGGGUUUCCAUUACAUAUGACAUCGACAACAUCGUCCACAUCGUCCACAUCGUCCACAUCAAUACCGACCAAGAAUAUGAAGAAAAAAAGAUCGGUUCGAUUUGCACCAUUCGUAGAAAUUCGGACGCAUUCUCAAAUAUUGGGAGAUCAUCCGUGCUGCGAGGGCGGACUGGCACUGGAAUUGGGAUGGGAGUACAACAGCAGCUCCGCUCUCCUACCUGAGCAAAUAGUAAGAAAUGUUGAGAAGAAGGAUUGUCAACAGAGUCAAUUCAAAAUCAUAGGCAGGAGUAGCAGCGGUGAAAGUAUGACGGGAACACGCAUACCCCACCGACGCUCGUAUUCGGAGAGGAAACGUCUCUUGAUCGAGGUCGGAGGCUACACGUCGGACGAAUUGAAUAUGAAAGACCCUAGGAAAGAAUAUUGUCUCGUUGGCAGAAACUGCUCCGAUCAAAAGAAGAACAGUACCAACGGCAUGACGGCUGUAUUGCAACGCCAAACACAUUUGUCGCGUGUUGGAUCGAUCACUGAGUCGCUCUGCUCCGUCGUUGCUGCAGGGGCGUGAUCACAUGAAGCAUUGCAAAUUUCAUAAAUACAAACGAAUCAUCAUAGCAUUAUAGCAGUAGUAUUACUAUGAACAGUUUAUAUCAGCACUUAUGGAUAAUGUACUAACAAAUAUGGCCUCUGCGU